GAUAUAUAACUCCUGAUUUCCUUGUAAAUUAAAAUCGGAAAACGAGGACGUUGUUGAGUGGAUUGAAAGCGAACAAGAUUUUGAGGCGGUUUGGUAGAGUAGAGGGUAGCGUGGCGUUUUACUUGCAACAUCAUCGUUCAAAUAAUCUCUUCCGGCAACCUCAGUUCUCCACGAAACCCCAAUUCAGCUCACUAAAUCAAAUAUCAAUGUCCACACUUUCUCUCUCUUCAAUCCUCUUCGAACCCCUUUAUUUCUAAAUCCACAAUUCAAUCUGCAACAACACCAACACCCUCCAUGGCUGCGUUUCGCUCCAAACCUCACUGUUACAAGCAAACAACAACCCUCGCACUUUCCCACUUCAGACACUUCCUCUUCAACCACACACGCGCCACUAUUUCUCACUGCCCUCCACGCGCCAAUUCCACCACCACCCCCUUAGCUGAUCGCAGAGGCUACCAUGUCGUUGCCUCCUUUGGGGACCCACCCGAAGUCUGGUCCGGCGGUGGCAUCGUCGUUCGCCCGGGAAAUUCCAAUUUUGAAGUCGGCGGUGGCGGCUCCGCCGCCGGCGAAGGGUCGAAGGAAGGGUGCUGGGGCGGGUCCAAUUUGGGGAGUAGUUUCCCAACGCCGAAGGAGAUUUGCAAAGGGCUUGACAAAUUCGUGAUUGGACAAGAGAGGGCUAAGAAGGUGCUUUCUGUGGCUGUUUAUAAUCACUAUAAGAGAAUCUUUAAUGAAUCUUCUUCGCCUAAGUGGCCUGCAGGAGAUUCAAGUGGUAAUGGUAAAGCUGAUGCUGUUGAUGAUGAUAGAGUUGAACUUGAGAAAAGCAAUAUCCUUCUAAUGGGGCCAACUGGGUCUGGGAAGACAUUACUUGCCAAAACCUUGGCUCGGUUUGUAAAUGUUCCCUUUGUUAUUGCAGACGCGACUACACUCACUCAGGCAGGUUAUGUUGGAGAAGAUGUGGAAUCCAUAUUAUACAAACUCCUCAUGGUUGCAGAUUAUAAUGUAGCAGCUGCACAGCAAGGCAUUGUUUACAUUGAUGAAGUUGACAAGAUUACAAAAAAGGCUGAGAGCCUUAAUAUCAGUAGAGAUGUCUCGGGUGAAGGUGUUCAGCAGGCAUUGCUGAAGAUGCUUGAGGGAACGGUUGUCAAUGUUCCUGAGAAGGGAGCCAGAAAGCAUCCCAGAGGUGACAAUAUUCAGAUUGACACGAAGAAUAUACUUUUCAUUUGCGGUGGAGCCUUUGUUGACUUAGAGAAAACGAUAUCAGAAAGGCGGCAUGAUUCUUCUAUUGGAUUUGGGGCACCUGUACGUGCAAACAUGAGGACUGGUAGAGUCACGGAUGCUGCUGUUGCAUCAUCGCUUUUAGGAACUGUUGAAAGUAGUGAUCUUAUUGCAUAUGGUUUAAUACCUGAAUUUGUUGGGCGGUUUCCUAUCCUUGUCAGUUUGUCAGCUUUGACUGAAAAUCAACUCAUUCAGGUCCUCACAGAACCUAAGAAUGCUCUAGGGAAGCAAUACAAGAAGAUGUUCCAAAUGAAUGAAGUAAAGCUACAUUUUACAGAAAGCGCUCUAAGAUCAAUUGCCAGAAAGGCAAUAUCUAAAAAUACUGGUGCUCGGGGAUUACGGUCAAUUUUAGAAAGUUUGUUGGUAGAUGCCAUGUAUGAGAUCCCCGAUAUUAGAACAGGCAAUGAUGUUAUCGAUGCAGUUGUCGUCGAUGAGGAGGCCGUUGGAAGUGAGGGGUGUGGGGCUAAAAUCCUUUAUGGUCAGGGUGCAUUGGAUCGUUAUCUUUCUGAGCAGAAAAAUAAUUCAGAGACCAUGGAGGCAUCAGCAGGAGAUCAUGAAGCAGAUACAGAAAUUCCUUCCAUCGUUGCCAGCAUGUAACAUGUUGCUAAUAUUUAUAGUAAUCUUUGUACAUAUAGUUGAUACAUUUGUUGAAUAAUAUAGAAUGGUAGAUUCAGAUGGCCCCAUCUGGCUUGGGCCGAAAUCAGCGUAGUUUCAACGGUCAUAUCCUGUGGUUAGUUUUGUUAAGCAUAUAUUAUAAUGAGGUAAACUAAAUGCCACAUACCCCUUUUAAGUGUGCAAUACCUGAUUCAUUUGUGUACAUUGAGUGGCAUUAUUAAUGGAACCAAACGUGUAUAUUAUUAGAAGAUUAUGGUUCAUUCCUGUUUUUGUUACCAAGCCUUGGCCAUCCGACACGUUUAAUACACCAUGAUGAUCAUUGCAUGUUUUAUUGAACAUUUCGUUGGGGAAUGUUUAGAAAGUUCAUUAUUUCUCUUUAAACACAAGUGGGCAUCACAAGCUGUUGAAACUCUGGAAACAGAAUUGGUCUUCGCAUAAUUGUAACAAGUCAAUGGAUAAGUGCCGUUCAUGAGGAUAACAUAUAUUCCUUUGGGACUUUCUAUAUUUGCAUUUGAAAGUUGAAGGCAUCACGAGGUUUAUCAAGAACUUGGAUUUUAUUGUAUUGUUAACUUACGUGAUAUGGUUAUGCUGGAGAAAAAAUAUUUAAUUUUUAUCAAAUAACGAUCUAUCAUGAUUGGUUAUUAGAUUUACUAAUUAUAUUUGAGUAAAAUUGUGUUUUUCUCUC